CCUAGAGUUACAUCUUUCUUCGCAGAAGAAAGAUACAACUCUUUCUACCCAUUGUUCCCCCAUCUUCUGAUCUCCUUCGUUUCGUUCCCCCAUCUCUUCGUAUAUAUACUUAUUUUGUAAAGCUAGCAGCUAGCUAGGCCGGUCUAAAGCUAAUAUUUCAGAUACACAAAAUAAGUAUAUAUAUAUCUUAUACUUACCAGCUUAAACGUAUAAUACACGUACAUACACGUAAAGCCGUUCUGGUUGUUACACAGAAAAGAAGUCAUGGGUUUCCUUCACAAGCUUUGGGACGAAACACUUGCCGGUCCGGCACCAGACACCGGCCUCGGCAAACUGCGCAAGUAUGAUUCAUUUUCAGCCACACGAUCGCCUCCUAUGGUAGCCAAUGAGGUGCCUAUCACUCGGAGCAUUACCAUUCUUAGGUCUAACUCCAAUUUUAGAAACCUUUCGGUUGAUCCCGGUUCGGCACCAGAAUCUCCGGCGGGGCCAAGCAACCCUGAGUCACCUCUAACACCGGGGACACCAGGCGGAGACUUCAGGAAACUUACGAGGAGAAAAACGCCAGCCGGGGCAUUAGAACAGGCUGAGUCAAGAAGUCCGACCGCUUAUGAUUGGAUAGUGAUUACUACUGCUUUGGAUCGUUGAGGGAGCAAGUGGCGAUUUUGUUUCAGCUUUCAAGCAUCAGCAGAAAUAUAUUAUAUAUGUAUCUAUAUAUAUAUAUAUAUAUAAUAUUUGUACAUAUGUAUAUAUAAUAUAGAGAGAGCCCUAGCCUUAGCCAUAUGGCUAUAUAUGGUCUCUUAUGCGUCUACAUGUAAAUAUAACAAAGUAUUAAUUAGACUAGUACUAAAAAUAUAUAAUAAAAUGGCUGGCAUGGCUUAAUUGGAUGAAGAAUAUUCAAAGAAAUGAAGAACCAAUGCUUUGGAUGGAGUUUCCAAAUUAGGAGGAAAGCCGAGGGCUGCAUGUAGCCUGCAGGCCAGGGAUGGAUAGCCGGCUUUGUUAAUGAAGCCUAAUGAACCGAUGCAGCUUUGGGGUGACCGAGAUUUGGAGGCUCGUUAUUAUUGUUUUCUUUGCUUAAUUUCUUCAUUAAUAUUCCCCUUCCUGAGCCUGUACUCUGCAUGUUGAUCUGUGCGUGAUCUCUUUAUUUGUAAAUAUGGACUGUGUUUUGAAUCCUCCCUCAAUGCAGCAACUGAUGAUCUAAAUGGAGCUAGUGAAAGUUAAUAUUGUAUUCUAUUAUAUAUCUAUUCUAUUAUAAUAAGUGAUUAUCUAA